UGUUCUUAUUUGUUUUGGACCUAAAGUUCUUCUUCUUCUUUUUCUAUGAAUUACAAGCAGAAGAAAAAAAUUAAUUUUUGAAAAAGAAAGGCGAAGAAAAACUAUUAUUGUCAUGUCCAAAGAAUCACACUUACAAAUUUUACUAUCAUUAUUCAUUAAAGUGAGAGGUUUUAAAUAUUUUUAUCAAUUAUUUAUUUUUUCUGAUAAUGCGGCCUCUCAUGUAGAUUUUUGGGUUAUGAAGGAGUAUGGGAUUAAACAAUCUUAGACAAAGAUGUUUACCGUCAAUUAUCCUUUUGAUACACCGUGGUGUGAUUUUUAUCUGCCUUGUUUCAUGUCAAACAAAGGUGAAAGUUUUUCUGGUUUGUUAAAUAUUCCAUGAUAUACAAGCCGAAGGAUUCUUCAUUGAGAUAUUCAGAGGUUAUUGAUUUUGACGAGUUUCCUAAGAUAGCAAUCUACGUUGAAAGUCUAGUUUGUCCUUUUUCUAAAGAAGAGGCUGCAGAUGCAACAAAACACAAAAGGCUGAAAAAGCUCCGAUCAAGAAAACCAAGUGACAAAAAACUUAAUGAAUGUACAUGCUACUUGCCUGAGUUUGGUCCAACCGAGCCUACACAGGAGGAAGCUAUUCAAAUUCGGACCGAAAAAGUGGCGGGAGGAAGACAAAAGGGGAGAACCUAUGGGUUGGGUUCUCUAAAUGAAUUGCAAUGCCUCGAGGCUGGAUGGGCUGGUAUUGGUUCCUCGCGCCAGGCUGAGGCGAUUAACGGUGUUCAGCUCGCUGCUAUGUCACAGCAGAUUGCACAGCUUACACGUGCCGUAGCAGAGUCCAUUGCUCAAAAUGAAGUCACGCGCAAGACCGUCGAGGAACUUAAGAGACAAAUGGCUAGCAUGACUUGUCAUCUCCGUCACCGUUCUCCAUCUCCCGAUUCAAGUAGCGAAGAAGAAAUAAAAAGUGAUGACGAGUUUGUUGGGGCUACUCCUUAGUGUUGUUGGAUUUGGCUUCUAGACACUAUUUAGACAUUCUUGAACUUAACUUUUAACUAUUGGAAAACCUUCAGGAUCGCUUAAGUGUUUUGAAUGUUGUUGGAUUAAUUGUUAAGUGUUUUGGAUGUUGUUUAAUUGAUUGUUUUAAGUGCUAUUGAUUUGAAUUGCUCAAAUGAUUUGCUGAUGUAGUGUGUUGUAUUAUUAUUUUAGUAAUGUGUUUUGUUAGGGGCUG